AAACCCCAGCCAUAGCAAGCAUUUCCUCCAUCCCUGCUUGCCUAUCACCCAUACUCCUGAACCAUGGCUCGCUGCGGUGCUCCUCUGGCUACGGUGGUGGUCCUGGCCGUGCUGCUGGUGGCAGCACCGCACACGGCGGAUGCCAUCACCUGCGGCCAGGUGGUGUCUUACCUGACGCCAUGCAUCAACUACGUCCGCAACGGUGGGCAGAUCCCCGGCGCGUGCUGCAGUGGAGUGAGGGGACUCGCCGCGGCGGCAAAGACCACCCCAGACCGCCGGACCGCAUGCACUUGCCUCAAGAACGCUGCCGCCGGUAUCUCUGGCCUCAAGACCGGCCUCAUCGCCGGAAUCCCCGGCAAGUGCGGCGUCCGCGUUCCCUACGCCAUCAGCCCCUCGACCGACUGCUCUAGGGUGACCUAAGCUCUUCCUGGGAGGGCUUGCUCCUUAGUAACUACUGUGCACUGCACCCUGUGACGAGCAAGAAUAAGGUGGAAGCUGUCGUACACCAAGCUUUAUGGUGUGGAAGCGGUUCGCCAUCAUCCGAUAUUCCGAUGUUUUUCUUUUCAUGUACCGUUGUAACAUGUCACAUGUCAGCAACCAUAGUUGUGAUGAUUGUGUCUCCUAGCACGUUUAUCUUCCGAAUAUAUGAGUAGCAUGGUUAUCUUCCAUUAA